AUGCGUGCUUUUGUUGUAUUGUGUUUGGUAGCUGUCGCUUGUGCCGACCAUUUGGGUUACAACUAUCAAUCUUCUGGCCCCUCCAACGGUGGUGCUGGUACUCCUGCUGCCUCUUAUGGUGUUCCCUCGACACAUAAUGCUCCAGCUGCUGAAUACGAAAAGGAAUUCUAUUCCUUUUCUGCUCCCGAAGGUGAAUUCGGAGAUAGCAAUGCCGCACAACGUGCUGCUGAAAGUGUUAAGAAAGCUUUGCGCGUAAUUUUCAUUAAAGGUCCCGAAAAUCAAGGACUUGAAAAUGCCGCCCUUGCUUUGGCCAAACAGGCUGGUCAACAACAAACUGCCAUCUAUGUUCUCAACAAACAAGCCGAUCUCGGUGAUUUGGCUAACAAACUUAACAACCUUAACACUGGUAACAGCCAAAAGCCCGAAGUUCACUUUGUCAAAUACCGUACCCCACAAGAUGCUGCCAACGCCCAACGCGCUAUUCAAGGUCAAUAUGACGCUUUGGGAGGUAACUCUCGCAGUGUUAAUGGUGGUGUUGCUCCAGUUAUUGACUAUACUGGCCAACUUCCUGUUGACCUUCGCAGCCCUCCAGUUCAAGAUCCACAAAACACUUACUUGCCUCCAUCUGUGUUCCGUCAUUGA